AUGGAACUGUUUUUAGAGCCCAGUAGCGUCUCCAAACCGACUGUUGGCAUAGCGAUAGCGGUUGUUUCCAGUUUUAUCAAUGGCUCGACAUUUGUUCUUCAGAAAAAGGGAAUAUUACGGUCACGCGAGCGAGGUGUUUCGUACUUGAAAGAUGCAGUGUGGUGGAUAGGCACGCUGUCCAUGGUCGUAGGUCAAAUUGGGAAUUUCCUGGCCUACAACGCGGCCCCCGCUGUCAUCGUCACACCACUCGGAGCAUUUGGAGUUCUCUUUGGAGCAGUGCUGGCGUCCCAUCUCCUGGAGGAGCGUUUGAACAUUAUGGGAAAGCUGGGAUGCGUGGCCACCUGUUGUGGCUGUGCAGUGCUGGUUCUGCACGCGCCCGCUUCGGAAGGCGUGACAUCGGCAAGCCAGUUGGAAGCCAGGAUGGCGGACCCAGUGUUUGUAACCUACGCGGUGCUUGUGUUACUGACGCUGGCGGUGCUGAUGGGUCGGACAUUCCGCUCCUACCGUUCCCCUAGCAUGGGGGCAUAUGUGGCCAUCUGCUCCCUGUUGGGAAGCUUCACAGUACCCUGCAGUAAAGCCUUGGGCCUGGCAGCGUGGGACGUCCUUUCAGGUGGUCCAACACUGUUUCUCUUCUUGGGCCUUCUUGUUACGUUGGGAACUAGCGUGCUGCUGCAGUUGUUCUACAUCAACAAGGCUCUAGAAGCGUUCGGCUCCCACAUUUUCGAAGCCGUGUACUACGCGGCCUUCACGUCGGCGGCGCUGGUGUCGUCGGCCCUGCUCUUCAGGGAGUGGACAGUCCUCACAGCAGCCGACUGGCUGGCCGCGAUUUGCGGACUGGUCACGGUCUGCGUGGGCGUCGCCCUGCUGCAGAUAUCCCAGGAGGCUUCGUUCACUUGGAAGCAAACCAAAAAGAUGAACUAA